CCCCCCCAAAAAAAGGAAAACAGAGAACAAAAUUAGAACGAACAGGGCAAAAUUGAGAUUAAAAAACGGCCUCUAGCCUCAUUUCCAUCUCAAAAGAAACGCAAUAAAUCUCAAAUGGCCUCCUCGCACAUCGAUUCAAAACGCUGAGAAACGCAAGGAUCCGAUUGAAUCCUGUCCACCCUUUUGAGCUCUACCGCUGUUUCAUUCUCCCCCAAUUUCCCCUGUUUUAAAUGGACGACAAAGCCUUCACCAAUGUGGAUUCAGCUGGCCAAUCCGAAAGUGAUAUAGAAGCGUCAACCUCAUCAAGAAACAGAAGUAGACCGAAAAGGAUGGAGGAAAAUUGCGACGACAAAGAGAAGGAGGAUGGUGCCAUGAUCCUUGUGAUGCUUUCAAGAAACUCAUUUGAAGAGUACUCGGAUGAGCUCAAGAAGAGAAAUGUGAGUUAUGGUGUCUCCGAAUUAGGCAGGGGAAGGAGAUUCCCUCGGUUCGAUGAUGAAGAUUAUAACGCCAUUGAUUCCGAUAAGAGAAGAAGAUACAAGUGUAAGACUUGCGAUAAGACCUUCAAUUCUUACCAAGCUCUUGGAGGUCAUCGAACGAGCCACAAUCUCGAUAGAAAUCUGGGUGUGAAAACCGUGAAAAAACCGAAAAAGGGGAGCAAGGAUCAUCAUGAAUGCUCAUUUUGUGGCAAGGUAUUUCCUUCAGGCCAAGCUUUGGGUGGUCAUAAAAGAUCACAUUGGAAUUCAAACUCCAUCGAUGCCCACCUCAACGAUUGUAAUGAUGAAGAUUAUGGCAAUAUGAAUGGAAAUUCAGAACCAAGUCGAUUCUUGUUGAUCUGAUGUACAGGUUACUCGGAGAUUUCUUUUUUCGCCCCCUGUAAUGCUAGAAUCUAUUUCUUAAGCUCGUCUAUUUUCUUGUAAUAAUAUAUAGUAGAUUACAUUGUUUGUUCAUCCUGAUUGAGAUUUUUAAUGUUAG